AGGGUGGCGAACGCGCUGCGGGCGCUGCGGGCCCCGCCGAGGCCCGGGGACACCGUGGGGCUCCUGGUGGGGAACGAGCCCCGCUUCGUGUGGGGCUGGUUCGGGCUGGCGGCGCUCGGGGCCCGCCCGGCCUUCCUGGGCACGGCGCUGCGUCCCGCGGGGCUCCGGCACUGCCUGCGCUGCUGCGGGGCGCGGGCGCUGCUGGUGGCGGACGAGCUGUUCGCGUCGGUGGAGCCGCUCCUGCCCAGCCUGCGGGAGGACGGGGUGGCCGUGUGGGUGCUGGGAGCGGGGCCGUACCCGGCCGGGGUCGUGGCGCUGCAGGAGCUGCUGGACGCGGCCUCCGAGGAGCUGGAGCCCGAGGACGUGUGGGAGCCCGAGGACAUGAACGACACCUGCCUCUACAUCUUCACCUCGGGCACCACCGGCCUCCCCAAAGCCGCCCGGGUGUCCCACCUCAAGUCCAUCAUGUGCCUGAGCUUCUACGAGCUGGUGGGAGGCUCCAGCCGGGACGUUGUGUACCUGGCGCUGCCCCUCUACCACAUGGCCGGCUCCCUCCUGGGCGUCGUCGGCUGCCUCGGCAUCGGGGCCACGUGUGUGCUGAAGGAGAAGUUCUCGGCCAGCCAGUUCUGGGACGAUUGCCGCGCCGAGGGCGUCACGGUGUUCCAGUACAUCGGGGAGCUGUGCCGGUACCUGGUGAACCAGCCCCAGCGCCCCGGGGAGCGGCAGCACGGGCUGAGGCUGGCGGUGGGCAGCGGCCUCCGGCCCGACGUGUGGAGGAGCUUCCAGCAGCGCUUCGGGCCCGUGCGCAUCGUGGAGACUUACGGGAUGAGCGAGGGGAACGUCACCCUCUUCAACUACACCGGGACCCCGGGGGCCGUGGGGCGCUGCAGCUUCAUCUACAAGCUCAUCUCGCCCUUUGAGGUCGUUCGCUACGAUGUCGCUGCCGGAGCCCCGGAACGGGACAAGGCCGGACGCUGCAUCCGUGCCCGGACGGGUGAGACGGGGCUGCUGAUCGCCCCGGUGACCCCCCGGACCCCGUUCCUGGGCUACGCCGGCAGCCGGGAGCUCUCGGAGCUGAAGCUGCUCCGCGGGGUCUUCGCCGAGGGGGACGAGUUCUUCAACACCGGGGACCUGGUGGAGCAGGACGAGGAACAAUUCGUGCGGUUCCGGGACCGCAUCGGGGACACCUUCAGGUGGAAGGGCGAGAACGUGGCCACCACGGAAGUGGCCGAGGCGCUGCUGGCCCACGAGUCCCUGCAGGAAGCCACCGUUUACGGCGUCACCGUCCCAGGUACCGCCGGCCCCGGAGCCAAACUGGGGGUAAAGUCCUGCAAGCUGGGGCUGAAAUCCCACAAAUUGGUACCGAAAUCCUCCAAGCCUGGCCUGAAUCCAGAACCCGGGGACCGAAAUCCUGCGGAUUUGGGAUCAAAACACGGAAACUGA